AUGGAGCAGCCUAACCUGGGAAGCCGGAUCAGGCAUUCCACAUGGUUCACCAGGCGUAAGGCGUCGCUCCCACGGCCAGUUCGCCAGGCACAUGCCGGGGUAGACACGGCGGUGGGGGAGAGAACUUUUGGCAAGGCAUAUGUGAACUGCGCUCUCCGUGGCAACAAUUCGAAAUGGGGCAAGCUCCGGGACAAAGACGCAGCAGUGCUACAGCUUCUUAUCGAUCCACGCCAGCAAGAUGGGUUCAAGCUGAGAGAACUCGUUCUUGAAUUGUCCUUCGCGGAAGCCGACCCGAGUUUGGUGCCCGCUCCAACCACAAUCGCAACCGCAACCGCACCUACAACCACAACAGUAGCUGCAACCGUGUCAGCCACCCCGAACGCAGAACCCUCACUUGUUAUCUUGGAGCCCCCCUCACCAAAGAACCUCAAGGGCAAGACGACGAUUCAACAUAGUGCCCAUGAGCUGCUUGUUCAGCCUCAAGUGGGCGCCGGUGGUAUCAGCAUUGGCGGGAUGGGACUGAAGACUACCAAAGAUAAAGACGUCGAGCGCUCCUGGCGGUUCAAGAGCCACUGGGCCAACAACGAGCUCGGACUAUACACCACUGCACAAUGGAUGUGGAAGGCAGUGGCGGAAAACCCAGACAUCGAGGACGUGGGCGGCUGUUCGCCGGAGUGA